AUGACGGCUGAUAACAAAGUAAAGCUAACUCCAGAGCAUUUAGAACACUUGAAUAAGAAGUUGCAAGAUUUAUCACCACAAGAAAUUUUACGAUGGGCAGUCAUCACAUUUCCUAACUUGUUCCAGACAACUGCCUUUGGGCUUACAGGUUUAGUUACAAUAGAUAUGCUUUCAAAGCUAGAACAGAAUAAACAGCAUCCAGUAGAUUUGAUUUUCAUUGAUACGUUGUACCAUUUUCCCCAGACAUAUGAUUUAGUUGCAAAUGUUGAGAAGAAAUAUAAUGUGAAAAUUCACACUUUCAAGCCUCAUGAAGUUCAAAAUGAGAAAGAAUUCAUUGAGAAAUACGGUGAUCUAUUAUGGGAAACAAAUGAUAGAUAUUAUGAUUUCCUUGUAAAAGUAGAGCCAUCACAGAGAGCAUACAAGGAGUUGGAUGUUGCGGCUGUCCUCACAGGAAGAAGAAAGACACAAGGUGGUGCUCGUAGUAAUUUACCUGUCUUAGAAUUUGAGGAAUCUAGUGGAGUGAUAAAAAUUAACCCUUUGCAUAACUGGAAUUUCUUUGAAGUCAAGAAAUAUAUCGAUGAAAAUAAUGUUCCUUAUAAUGAGCUUUUGGAUUUAGGUUACAAAUCGAUAGGGGACUGGCACUCAACUGUUCCGGUUGCUGAUGGGGAAGAUGAGAGAAGUGGAAGAUGGAAAGGAAAGGCUAAAACUGAGUGUGGAAUACACGAAACAAGCAAGUUUGCUCAAUAUUUGAGAGAUCAGUCUCUGGUUAAAAUAGAUGUCUAA